UUUUAGAAAUAUUUUGUGACCAUUCUCAGACAGCAAGGAGACACAAGCAAUUGUUCAUGUUUGAUGGGUUCACCAAGUUUCUUGGAGUGUUUCUUGUCAUGUUUACUGGUCAGUGUAGUUAACCACACAUUUUGUAUGUAGAUUUUCUGUGACAGUAGGUUUGCUUUUCAUGCAUGUGAGACACUACUGAAUCGAAGAUGUAGAGCAUUUAAGGGGGGGGGGAAUUAAAGCUUUCCACAGAAGGCGACCCUCCUCCUUUCUCUGGAGUAUCCGCCAAUGAAAUUCCGCCUAAGUAAUCUGUGCACCAAUAGGAACACGCGUUCUUGGCUUGUUCGGUAACUAAGGACCGAGUAUUAUAGUUUUCCACAAAAGUGUACUGCCGCACGAGGACCUUCCUUAGCAACCGUGGAUAAAUAUGAGUUACUACAGCAUAAGUGUAGAUAGGAGGGCCCUGGACUAACAUUCCUGCAGCUGCAUCCAUGGACACUGUAAAGAAUGGGGGAUCUCAGCCUGUCUACAGUCGCUGGUCAUACAGACCCUCCAGCUCUGCCAGCUUCUCCUCCAACUCAACACCAAGUGGCAUCGAAGAUGACAGCAACAGUCUAAUGCAGCAGAAGCUGGAAAAACAGAGGGCGCUGCUGGAACAGAAACAGCGGAGGAAGCGGCAGGAACCUCUGAUGGUUCAACCCAAUACAGAGGCUCGGCCCCGGCGUCACAGGGCACGGCGUGCUGAGGAGGAGACUCCGCUGGUGGAACCGCAACUUUGUAUCGUCAACGAUGCCCUUGUGGAUGGUAUUGAUGGUCCAGCAGCCUUCUUGGGCUCUGAAGCUCCUGAUCCUGGAAUGAAAAUCCAAAUCCAGUCGGUGAGCCAGCCCCAGACCCAGUCUCAGUUCCAGUCUCAGCCACAAUCCCCUGCUAGUGAGGAGCCUGAUAGAGAUGGAGACACGGAGACUCUGCUGGAGGCCAAGACUGAUAUUCAUGAACUGCUGCAGAAACAAGGUCUGUCUGGCAGUAUGAACUUCGAUGAAGCUAGCGAGCAUGAGGAUGAUAUGGAGGAAGAACGGACACAUUCCCAAUCCCCUCACACAGACAGCACCAGACCUGCCUCUGCUGCCAGUGGCAAAGACGGUCCGGUAAGUAGCCCAGAGGCUGUAACACCAGCAUCACCUGCAGCAGAGAGCUCACUAAUUGAUGUUGCCAAUCUAGAGGAGUUUGUCCUGCGUCCAGCUCCACGUGGUGUCACAGUUAAAUGUCGAAUCACCCGGGAUAAGAAGGGUAUGGACCGUGGCCUCUACCCCACCUACUUCAUGCACAUGGAGAGAGAGGAUGGGAAGAGGGUCUUUCUGCUGGCAGGAAGGAAGAGAAAGAAGAGUAAGACGUCCAACUACCUUAUUUCAGUGGAUGCCACUGAUCUGUCACGAGAGGGCGAGAGCUUCAUCGGUAAACUGAGGUCCAACCUCAUGGGCACCAAAUUCACAGUGUACAACAACGGCACCAAUCCCUGCAAAAACCCUGGUGCUUUACUGGAAGAGACCAACACGCGACAGGAACUGGCUGCCAUCUGCUAUGAAACCAACGUGCUGGGAUUCAAAGGGCCACGUAAAAUGACCGUAAUCAUCCCGGGCAUGAACAUGAACUUUGAAAGAGUCCCUGUGAGACCUCAAAAUGAGCAGGAGAGCCUCCUCAGCAGGUGGCAGAAUCACUCAGUGGACAGCCUAAUAGAGUUGCACAACAAGGCCCCGGUGUGGAAUGAUGACACCCAGUCCUAUGUGCUGAACUUCCACGGCCGCGUCACUCAAGCUUCAGUCAAGAACUUUCAAAUAGUUCAUGAUAAUGACCCUGACUACAUUGUCAUGCAGUUCGGCAGAGUGGCUGAAGACGUCUUCACCCUAGACUACAAUUAUCCCAUGUGUGCUCUUCAGGCCUUUGCCAUUGGUCUGUCAAGCUUUGACAGCAAGUUGGCCUGUGAAUGAACCUUGUUUUACAGCCACACCAUCAUCUUUCCUCUGUAUUCUCAAAUAUUUUUGAAGUCAAUGGCAACACUGUUUAAAUCAUAAGGAAUCAAUUCAUACAGGCGAAAAAAAAACUAACUAUGCCCUCCCCUCUGACUGGCGUCAGUUUUUUUCCAUGCUAUUUUGCAGGGACCUUUUCACUACUGUACUGCAUAGUAAAUAUGUAUAUACACAGUACACAUGUAAACAAAUUAAAAGAAAAAAAUGCAGAAGCAAAACACACGGCUGUAAUUUGUGCUGGAGACAGGUGCUACUGUUAGACACCUGGUGCAAAAUGAACUGACAUUACACUUAUGACCCUGUGUGAAAAUAUGUGAUUUGUGUAUUAAUCCUGUAUUUUAUGUUGCCUUCAAGUUUCGUUUCAUUAAGUGUUUGUGGCCGCACUAAUGUUAACGUGAGCUGAGAUGUUAGUCUGCAAAGCAUAAACCAUCCAUUGAAUUGGAUAACAUGGCCUCACCUCUGGCGCCACCUGCUGACCAAACCUUAGUUUUGUUUUUUUUGUUUUUUUUAGUAAGAAUUGAGAGUAAGGAAGUUCUUAUCAAGUCCAACAUUUUCUUCUCUGGUAUGUAAAAAACAUUACAGUCUCACCGUUGGUGUGACUACACAAUUCUAAUCUUGUUUACAUCUGCGAAAUGUAAAUGUGGCUUGAUCUGCCAUCUACUUAUAACAGUUUGACAUCGUUUUUGGCCUUGUCAUUUAUUACCAUAUUGUCAUCCCUUUUUUAUUCUUGUGUGGACGGUGCAUUAUUAUUCAGAACAGACCAAACUUAUGGUCUUUUUGUUUUUUUUGUAAAUGUAAUUUUAAUCUUGUGAUUAUGA